UCGUGUUGAUGUGCGGCGCCUGGUGUGUUUUGUAGAUGUAUUGUGCAGAGUUGUAGCAGUUGAUUUAUCUGCGUUUACAACAGAACCGAGCUGCGCCGCUGCUCCCUUGUCCGACCGGAUACAGACACACCUGCACCGACAACAACAUGUCUCAGGACAGUCAACACGGCAGGUGGACCGUCUCCAGCAGCGACGACGAUGACGAUCAUCUCCCUCCUUCUGGGACUAAAACACCUGAGUCCCGUCGACCUGCUGAAUCCAAUCACAGUUCUGCCUCUUUAGUGCUAGUAACAGCUCCUGUGGAGGUGAAACCAGAACCAGCCAAACCCCCUGUUGCGUCACUCACCAUCGCCUCCGAGGCCAGACAGUCGGCCGCACUGAACCAGUCGAAUCCAGUCAAGUAUGAAACGAGUCCUUCCUUGGCUGGAAAGCGGAAGAAAGAAGUGUCAGAUAGCACAGGCUGGGCUCUGUCAGAUAGUGAUGAAGAUGAUGGACAUGUGAAGAAGAAGACUCUCAGUAACUUACCAAAGAAGACCCCUCCCAGCCCCAAAACAAAGAAACCCAAAGUGGAGAACGAGCGUCCUCCAAGUCCCCACGGCCGACUCUACUACAUUGACGAGCCAGAGGACUUCUUUGAAUCCUCUUUUCCUUGUCUAAAUGACACCUACAGGUUCUACCUCAACAAAGUCACAGGCCUGGACAAGAAGUACAACAGUGGCGCGCUACACAUCAGAGACAUUCUCUCUCCAUUAUUUGGGACCCUGAAAGAAUCUGUUCAGUUUAACUACUGCUUUGAUAUUGCCUGGAUGGUAAAGCAGUACCCAUCAGACUUUAGGGAUCGGCCAGUUCUGAUUGUCCAUGGAGAUAAGCGGGAGGCCAAGGCCCGGCUGGUCCAGCAGGCUCAACCCUUUCCACAUGUUCGCUUCUGCCAGGCCAAGCUUGACAUUGCCUUUGGAACUCACCACACGAAGAUGAUGUUACUGUGGUAUGAAGAAGGGUUCAGGGUCAUUAUUAUGACCUCCAACCUGAUCAGAGCUGACUGGUACCAGAAAACACAAGGGAUGUGGAUGAGCCCUCUGUUUCCACGGUUACCAAAGGGAAGUAGUGCGAGUGCAGGUGAGUCACUCACCUUCUUUAAGAGGGACCUGCUGGAGUACUUGGCAUCGUACCGAGCACCAGAACUCGAAGAGUGGAUCCAACGAAUCAAAGAGCAUGACCUGUCAGAGACGAGGGUGUAUUUGGUCGGAUCAACCCCAGGGAGGUAUGUGGGUGCAGACAUGGAGCGCUGGGGCCAUCUGAGGCUGAGGAAGCUGCUUCAUGACCACACAAACCCUAUUUCCGGAGAAGAUGGGUGGCCUGUGAUCGGCCAGUUCUCCAGUAUCGGCUCUAUGGGACUGGAUAAGACCAAGUGGGUGGCAGGGGAGUUUCAGCGCACCCUGACCACACUAGGAAAAUCCUCCCUUCGCCCAGACCCCCCUGUGCACCUGCUGUAUCCAUCAGUUGAAGAUGUGAGGAUGAGCUUAGAAGGCUACCCAGCUGGAGGCUCUCUUCCUUACAGCAUCCAAACAGCUCAGAAGCAGCUGUGGCUCCACUCCUACUUCCACCGCUGGAAGGCAAAUUCGACAGGGAGGAGUCACGCCAUGCCACAUAUCAAAACAUAUAUGAGGGCAUCUCCAGAUUUUGCUCAGCUUGCCUGGUUCCUCAUCACAAGUGCCAAUCUGUCCAAGGCAGCGUGGGGAGCACUGGAGAAGAACAACACUCAGAUAAUGAUCCGUUCAUACGAGCUGGGAGUCCUCUAUGUGCCGUCUGCCUUCAACAUGAAGACCUUUCCCGUUGACAAAAAUCCAUUUCCUGUCUCAUCAUCCUCUUCUGGUUUCCCUGUGCCCUUUGACCUCCCCCCUACAUGCUACUCUUCUAAAGAUCAGCCUUGGAUCUGGAACAUUCCGUACAGCCAGGCUCCCGACACUCACGGCAACAUCUGGGUUCCCUCCUGAUCACACACACACUUCUCUCACUUACAAGUGUGCUGUUCGUACCUGUCAGUACUGUGUCUAGGUGUUAGCUGUCACUAACACUGCUUUUUACGUUUUAUACUGUAGACUCACAUUUAUUUUCUACCAAUAAAAAAAAAA